CAAAGCCGGCUAUUAUCACAGGGAAAAUGCCCCAAUCAUCCGGGUCCAAGGCCUUGGCCAUAACCUCGCUUGUGGUGAGGCUCCUGACCUUGAUUUUCCUCCUAGCAUCUCUCAUAGUCAUAGCCACAGACUCUGCCACCAUGAAGAUCGACUUCACGGAAGUAAAAAUUAGGUUCAAAAAUGUGUAUUCCUACAGGUACAUGGUUUCAGUAGCCGUGAUUGGACUGGCCUACACCUUUUUGCAAAUUCCCUUUGCAGUCCACUAUGCGUGCACAGGAAAACGCCUAGGAGCCCAUGAUGGGCUUCUCAAGUUUGAAUUCUUUGGUGACAAGCUAGCUAUCAGGGACCAGAACAGAAACCCCCUCACUUCAUCAUAUUUUCAAGGUAAUAUCAUAUCUGUUAGCAACAGGAGUUGGUGCAGCAUUUGGUGCCACUUUCGAUCUGAAGAAGAACUUGGAUGAUCUGGAGAGAUUGAUUGGUUAGAAGAAUGAAUAUAUAUGGCAGCACAUUAUUGUUCUCUGAAAUUCGAUCAAAGCUUGAUGACUUCUUUAACUUGGCAUAUGUCUCGGCGGGUCUCCUUCUCCUUGGAUUCUUAUGCUCUGGGGUAUCAUCUAUCAUUUCAUCUUUGGCCCUCUCCAAGUAAAGGAUAAACAGAGAGGAAAGCGUUGUCGAUAUGGCUUUCCAAGGCAUCUUCAAACUGUAAAUGGACCUACUUCAAUUUCUAACUUUACUACUUUACCUUUUCCU